UCCGGCUAUAGUUUCUGGGCGGCAGCACCCGGAUGUGCUGUGUCAGUUCUCUGGUGAAUCCUUCAGACAUGGCGUCUCCCGGACUGGAGUUACUGUUCGCUCUGGUGUCUCCAGAGAUCACUCAGCCUCAGGAUGCACUUAUCUGCUUCAUUCAUUGGGAGCUGAUCAGCCGCGGUAUGCUGUGCCUGGGCAAGUCUGAGAAGGUUGCAGCCGAGGCGACUGGAUCUGAGCGACUUCCAGAUGGCUGGGCUGACAAUAAAGAGUUAUACACACUGUCCUAUCGGUUUGGCAGUUCACAAUUUCUGCUCAGAGCACUGCCCGUGGAAGACACCUUGAUAGUGAAUGCUAUGGAUCUUAAGACUGAGAAGAUUUCUGACCUGACCCUGAAAGUGAAUAGCUUCAUAGACAAAGACAACCUGCAGCAGUUUCACAGUGUCUAUAAAAAUUCAGAGACGUUGAAGCAGCGGUUAGAAAGUGAGAUGAUCUCCCCUCUGCUUGGCUCUAAGGAGAAGAGUCUAAAGCCUGAGAGAGAACGGGAGAAGGACGCUGAGCAUGAUCCUCUGCGGGUUCCCUCCAGGUCUCCUGCAUCACAUCAACCUACCUGGACAGACCCCUCUGGACAUUUUCCAUAUGGAGCAGCAGAUUUGGAUCCCUUAGGGGGGCGGUCUGGAGGUAUGAUUAUGGAUCCCUUUCAUGCAGGGCGUACAAGACCCAGACCUAAUCCUUUGGCUGGUCUUCCUCCAGGAGCUGUGCCACCAGGUGCCAGGUUUGACCCUUUUGGUCCCAUAGGUUCUGGACGUCCUGGUCCUGACCCAGAUCACCUGCCUCCACCGGGGUAUGACGACAUGUUUAUGUGAUGCUGAGCGACCCGCUGUUGCCUUUGAUCUUUUUGCCAUUGCUCAGUAGUUGUCCUGUCUUACUAAUAAACCAGGGCCCAAUGCAGAAUGCACAAUGACCAUUUACUGUCCUCUUGUUUUUGUUGUCCGUGCUUUAUAAUCAGGCUUAUGUUGUAAGGGUAAGUAAACCGGGAGAAAGUUUAUACUGAAAUCUAAUCAUUAACUGGAACAUCUGUUGUGAUCAACCUUCACAAGGGCUGGUAUAAAGUCUGUAUAUAUUGAUAUAAUAUAAUUUUUAUGCAGUCACCCAUUAAAAAAAAAAAAUGCAUCAAAAAUGUUUUGCUUCACAUCUUUAAUAUAAAUCAACUCAAGACACAAUGAAAUCACUUCCUUGGCUUAUUUUUCUGAUGAAUGACGCUGGUAUACUGAGUGCAGACUGCGUGUAUUUAGUGUAAAUAUUCUGCAAGUGAUGGAUGAUGAACUAUCAAUACCACAUCCAGAUCCUUUCCUAUUGCACAUAUUUCUGUCCACCUGCUAUGUGACUGUUUCUACACAUCCUAGCUAGUACCUGGCUUUGGUUGCAGUUUGUGAACUUUAAAUAAACAAAACAGUUUACAGAAA